UGCUGGACGUGGCAAAAAAAUUGAGGCUGGAAUUCCCGCUCGUGCCCAGUCCACCAAGUGCAGUCCCGAGGAAGAGAGCGACCAUGAGCAUGGAGCCCGAGCACAAGUACAUCUCGACCGAGCACAUCCAGAGCAUGCUCGAUGAGAACGCGACCAUGAUCGUCGAGAUCAUCCAGCUCAACAACGCCGUCAAGCACGAGCGGGGCGCCGCGCUUGCCGACAUCCAAGACAAGCUUGAGAAGAAGCGCAAGAAGCUCAACCGUAACCUCAUGACGCUCGCCAAGUGGGCCGAUGAGAGCACGGAGCCGCCCGUCAAGUCCAAGCCCGCACCCGUCGCCAUUGUCCAGCCGCCGCCUGCCCAGAUCGCGCCGCCUGUCGCCGAGCAGCCCAAGCCGGAAGGCGUCGACCAACCCAUGGGUUCGAACCAAGAUAUGGGCACCAAUACGCCGCCGCUUAAAGCGACUACCGCCGCGCCCAAGCUCGAGGGCGAGGAUCAGGUCAAGGUUGAUGUGCCGCAGGAGAAGGAGGACGACCCGAUGGGCGCAACAGACGAAACCACGGAAGCGGCGCAGCCUACGAAGACUGAAGAGGUGGCUGACGUUGACAUGGGCAAUGGCGAAGCGGACGCCGAACCUCUGGGCGCGGUCCAGUCGCCGCUCGCGACGCUCUCCGGCGUAGCCUCCCCCAGCAUCUCGGGCGUGGCCUCCCCCAGCAUCUCGGGCGUGGCCUCCCCCAGCAUCUCGGGCAUGGCAUCCCCCAGCAUCUCGGGCGUUGCGUCGCCUAGCAUCUCGGGCGUCGCGUCGCCCAACGUGUCUGCGAUCUCGUCCUUUGAAAACACGCCGCAGGCGUCGGCAGCUGCGUCUCCCAAGCCGGUGUCCGAGAUCGCCGACGGUGCGUCGUCGGUCAUUGCCUCCCCGAUUGCCCCGAUUGAUGCGACGCCGGAAGAAUCGUCGGCGCCCCUCUCUCCGGAGGCUGCCGACAUUGCGACUGAUGCUCAGGUCGCUACUGACGCCGCGCCUGCCGACGUACCUUCGCCGGAUGCCGUCACAGAAGUACCCAUGGCCACACCGUCGCCGGAACACGCCGCCGAGACGUCGGUCGAUGGCACUAUGGACGACACCCCCAUGGAGGAAUCUGCUGAGGCGUCGGUCGAAGCGUCUCCUGACGUGUCUGCUGAGGCAUCCCCGGUCGCAUCGCCCGUGCAGUCUGCUGAUGCCUCGCCCGAGGAGUCUGCAGAGGCCUCGCCCGUAGAGUCUGCAGAUGCCUCGCCCAUGCAGUCUGCAGAGGCCUCGCCCGAGGAGUCUGCAGAGGCCUCGCCCGAAGAGUCUGCAGAGGCCUCGCCCGUAGAGUCUGCAGAGGCCUCGCCAGAAGCGUCGCCUGAAGUCUCUGCCGAGGCUUCACCGGAAGCGUCUCCUGAGGCCUCGCCUGCUGUGUCUGCCGAGGCGUCGCCUGCUGCAUCGCCGGCCGCUGAGAUUGCGACGGAGACGACGACGGCACCGGAGGCCUCGCCCGAGCCGUCCUCAGAAGUUGCACCGACGGACGCGUCGCCCGAGGCAGCACCCAUGACCGACGACGCGCCGCCAGCUGUAGCAGACGCGUAAUGAUAAAUGUAUGGAAGAGGAUGCAGUAAAACUCGAAUAAAUAAAACGCGCCUUGGCUAGUAGCGCA